AACUAUGGCGUCCUUUCCGGUUUGAUGUUGGUAUUUUACCUUACAAAAUUUAAAAUGACACCUUUAAGAAUACAUCAUCUGAAUUGAAUUCAGAAUUCGUUUCAAGUGAGCAGUAUGUUCAGAAGAAUUCUAAUGGCAACAAUAACAAACUCUAAAGGCAAGACUGUGAUAGGUGAUAAGACAAACGCCACAACUUCCACCAUGGGGAAGAAGAAAGCUCAGAUCCGUGCCUUCAACUCCAAGAGCAGCCCAAUAUACAAGACGCAGUCCGACACCUCUCUAGUCAGUGGCAUGAGAAACCUCAGUCUCAGGGAACAGAACGACUCCACUUCAAGGCCACCGCCUCCGAGACGAGGAUUCUACAGUGGCAAAACAACAAUACGAAACCUCUCCGAUGUGGCAGAGGUGAUACGAAACCAACAGGUGAAAAAUGUGGUGAUCGUGGCCGGAGCUGGCAUCAGUACACCAAGCGGAAUACCAGACUUCAGAACCCCAGGAACAGGUCUCUAUGACAACCUCCAGCAAUACAAGAUUCCUUAUCCAGAGGCCAUAUUCGACAUCGACUUCUUCCACCACAACCCACGACCAUUCUUCACACUUGCCAAGGAGCUGUACCCCUCGCGGAAGUACCGCCCCAACUACAUCCACUACUUCGCCCGACUCCUGCACGACAAAGGGAUGUUACUCCGCAUGUACACACAGAAUAUUGAUGGUUUGGAGCGAUUGGCUGGUAUUCCACCGACCAAACUGGUGGAAGCUCACGGAACAUUCGCCACGGCAACGUGUAUCAUCUGCAGCCAGAAAUACAAGGGAGACGACAUCAAGGACAAAAUAUUUGACGACAAGAUUCCGAGAUGUAAACGAAGUGGUUGCCCAGGGAUGAUAAAACCAGAUAUCGUCUUUUUCGGAGAGGAGUUGUCGAAACGCUUCUACUACUACCUGAAGGACAUGCUGCAGACAGACAUGGUACUGGUGAUGGGGACGUCGCUGGAGGUUCAGCCAUUUGCUGGUAUUAUUGACAACGUCAGAUGGAAUAUACCACGCAUCCUGUUUAACAGGAAUGCAGUUGGACCUUUCCGUCACAACAAACGCAGUAAAGACAUUGUGGCUGAAGGGGACCUCCUAGAGGUGAUGCAAAAGUUUGCUGGGAUGAUGAACUGGAAGACAGAGAUGGCGGACCUCAUUACCGAGAGUGAGGGAGAGUUCAGAAUAUCGUACUGUAAUUUGAACGUGGCGUCUCUGCAUGGCGGGACCAGCUCGGUGACUGAAUGCUGGGGCAACCCUGUCACAGCCCCAGUGAAGACGAGCCCAAGUCCAGCCAGUAAACCCGACCAGCCUUAUGCCAGCAUCUGGCGGCAGAAAGCUCGCCUGGAUUUGUUCCGUGCCAACUUCUACUUCUCCAGCAGCGACAGUGUGUCUUCCACAACCGAAAGUGACUCAUCAGACGAUGACAAACCUCAGAAGAAGUCUGGCUUGGGCAACGGACAGCGAAAUAACACAAGAUUUAGAGGGAUUAAAACGGACCCACCAACUCGAAAAUUUGGUACAACCCUGUCGAAGGGGAACGCACAGGUUACGGAUAGGAAACCAACUCAAGGAGCAUGGAUGAAGCCGAGUGUGAAAAAUAACAGUGGUGUUACGACCCGCUCACAAACAAAAUUAAAACCUACUGAGUCUAGAAAGAGGGAUAUACCUGAUAGACGUAGUUCUUUAUCUUUACGGUCUGUACCUGACUCGAAUAGACCUAGUACUCGUGGGUCUCGUCAAAGAGACCAGACCCCAACCCCAUCUUCUGAAUCUUCGAGUAUUAAUGAUGGGAAGGUCGGUGAAAAAAACAAGAGAAUUACUCCCAACGCAACAAAUCUAGUUUCCCAGAGGACAAGUUCAAGGGAAGCACUGCGCAAACCGUCAAACGGCGUUUCCACUCGACAGGUGUACAACAGGCCUCCCAUUCAGCCAUCUUCUAAACCAAGGGCUGCCCAACAGCGGAGAAAUAUUGAUAGACAAAAGACUUUGUUUCGAGCGGGGUCCGCCGAGAUCCCUCGGUUGACGUAUCGACACCAGAUUCAGAAAUCUGUUCGUGAUGCACGCAUUCUGUCCUACGCAAACCAAAGUUUGGAUAGUUCAAGCGACACUUCUUCUGACGAUUCAGAUGAUUCCAGAUGAUGAGCAACAGCUUUAGCAAUUAGCCUUUCAUUUUCACUGUGAUACCGUAGUGUCUUGUAUACAGACCAACUGUAGGUGUAGCACUCCUCCCAGAAAGGAGGUGAUACCAAAGUGGUCUUAGUAGGGCUGGUUACUGGUAAGGGGCUUGGGCACAGGGGGCCAGUGGUAUCAGGGAGUUGUCUAGUUGUCUAGACCUACUCAGAGGCAGAUAUUUGGCCCAAAGUCUACAACAAAUAGGAGCUAAUGUUCCCAAAUUGGACAUAAAAAAUUUACAUUCCUGCUAAUAUUGUUAUAUGAACUAACAUGGUUUUGUAGAGCUGGCUUGUAUAACACUAAUAACAGGUCCAAUAGGGAGGAAGAGGCAAGGCUAAUGCAAAGCUUUGCAGUACUCCACUGUAUGUGAAAAUACUGUUCAGAUACCUCUAUUUAAGAAAAACCUUUGACAAAAUCUGAAUUUUGAACAAAAUAAUGAUUGCAAGUUGGCCAGAUAACUGUUCAUAGUGUUGUGUAUACCAUGAUACACUGAAUAUUUCAUAUAGUUGUGAUCGGUCUUACUGGGUUUAUGUAAAUAUGUAAUUAAAAACAUCAAAGAGAAGAAAGUACACAAAUCAUGUCCACAAGUUCCUGAUUAUGGGUAGGUUUGGUUGACAUGUUUCUCAUACCUCCUCUUGGUCAUAAUACACUUGGCUUGUUAAAAUAUUUAUAUAGUGGUACAACAGUAUGACAAGACAGCUUUGAAUAUCGGACUCGAGGUCAGUUAAAAAGUUAUUGAUACUUUCAGCAGUAGUAUAGAAAUAUCUAUGAAUAUAACUGAUAGUCAUAAGUAAAGAUAUUUCUGUUUUUGUUCCAUUUGCUGAUGCAGCAUUAGUCUCCAUCCCUCAUAGCAGUCAUAAAUAUGGACCCGUGAACAUCCAGGGUAGAAUAGGUCUUCAGCAACCCAUGCUUGCCGUAAAAGGUGACUAUGCUUGUCAUAAGAGGAGACUAACAGGAUCAGGUGGUCAGGCUCGCUGACUUGGUUUA